AGAAAAAUCCGCAUAAUUGAAACCGGUCAGCUGAUAAGUCACAUGAUAAACCAUUUCAAAAUGGCGGACAAUCAACACUUCCUGAUAUGGUACUCUGCAGAAUGAAGUUUAACAAAGAUGUCCGAUUCCAAUUACCUUGAAGAGCAAUGUUAUGAUGAUGCCAUUUCAACAAAUGGCAAUGAAAGACAAUUUGGUACGCAUGUUCUAACCCCAGUUAAUACCAAGGAAUGGGAGCUCAGCCAUCGGCAAGUACCUCCCACAGCACCAACUGUGAAUGAAUUGAAAAAAAAGUUUGAUCAUUUAAAAGCAAUAAGGGGCAAAGGGCAUAUUAAAAGCACUGAACCUCAACAAGCUUACUCUGAUCUUGCUAAAGACACAGUUGAUGAUACUGCAACAGUUGUUCACAAAAGUACGGGGAAAAGUGUAGGCAAUUUAGAGAAAGCAGUAACAGGUGUGUCAGUGUAUUGUCUCGCAAAAGAUGUGACUGUAGAUGAUGAUCAUAGUUUGAAAUCAUAUAACUACACACAAGUUUCUAAAGGCAUGAGUUCUCAGGAUAAUAAUCUUGAACAGGGGCAACAAGGGUCUCCGGUUGUAUUGAGAAAGAGUGGUCCCAGAAACAAUGUUGAAAGUCGACAUGGAGUUGCGGAAUCUGAAGAAUUUGUUUUUGUUCAGAAGAAAAGAAAGGAAGACAAACCCAGCAAGUUGGGAGAACAUGCAGUAUCAAGUUUACUUCGUACAUUUGAUCCACUUGCCUGUGAUACUGAUAAACCCCAUCAAGCUUUUUUGGGUGCAAGUGAAAAUCUAGCAAAUGAUGGACAAGGAGUAGUCAAUUUAUAUGAUCAAGAAUUUGAUGUACAUAGAAAUGCUAGGCAGGAAGAACUCACAGAGGACAGCAUCUAUGAUUCGGUAAAUUCAGAGACUGGCGACACACUGGGUGGGGACUUUGAAGUGGUUCCAAGGGACAGACUUACAAGAUUCCCGCCUGAAAACAAGAGGGAACAUGGGGUGACAUCAACUGUAGGACCUAUCAAAACUUUUGCCCAGGAUGUGAAUCAUGAGUGGAAAAGAAGGACAGCGAAAAUGAAAUCCAGAGCGCUUAAAAGAACUGGAUCAAAUAAGGGCAAUGGUAACCAUGGUUCAAUGUCGCACCAUGGGCAAUUUGAUGAUCCACACAAAGGAGCUAUUCCUGCAGUCACAGAAGAGCAACUAGGGGAUGUUACUCCGUUUGCACUUCCACAUUCUUAUGACUCUGACUCCAACAUCAGUGAUUUCUCUGACUCGACUUUCGACUCGUUUGAUGAGCCAGAACAUGAUGAGGGCAGCGUAGAGUUUGACCCCAACAAACCGUUGCCAGCAGAACCUAAAAAAAAUCAUCAGAUCAAGGACCUGGCGACCGCACUACUUCCAAUAAACAAGAAGAAGGAAACAUUUGAUGACCCCAUUGCCCCGGGCCGGACCCUGCUACAGCGGGUGGAGCCCCGCCGCUCAAGAGAGAUACCCAUGCUGCCCGAGACCCAAGAAAACUUGACCCCAGAGAAGGUCAAACUGAGGGGUGUCUUACAGAACCUGAUUGAAAGUGAACUCAGCUACGUGAACUCUCUGGAACGCCUUACUAAUGACUACAAGGAUGAGAUACUGAGCCAGGUUAGGAAGCCCGAGGUCAAGGUCACCUUCAGCAAGGUGGAGGACAUCUACAACCUUCACAUCAUGUUCCAAAUAGCCCUUACUGAGAAGAUGCAGACCUGGAACCAGAAUGAGUCCAUUGGCUCAAUAUUCAGCAUGUUCUCCAAUGACAUGACUCGCUCCAUAUACAGUGAAUACGUGAACAACUAUGAAGCGGCCAGUGAGAUGAUCAAAGAAGUAGAGAAUAAUUCCAGGACAUUUAAAGAACUGCUUUUGAGAAUGCAGAUGAACCAAAAGGACCGACUGUCCCUGUCAGGUCUGAUGUUGAAACCAGUCCAGAGGUUUCCUCAGUUCAUUAUGAUCAUUAAAGAUUUGCUCAAGCACACCCCCCGAGACCACCAUGACAGGGAACUCCUCCAGGAAGCGUUCACCUGCAUAGAGAAUGUAACGCACGAGCUCAACGAGUCCAAGAGACAGAGCGAGCAGCUGUACCACGGCCAGCAAAUUAUGGCCACCAUGGCGAAGGGUGCGCAGGAGGGCGGCAGGAAUGUGUACCUCAUUCGGCAGGAUGACAUGGAACAACUCUCUCAGAGUGCAGUUCAAGGCAAAAACAAAGACAGACGGUUGUUCCUAAUGAAUGACAGGAUCAUAUCAGUGCAUGUGUUGAACAGGGAAGUCGAAGGUCACAACUCUGAGAAGCGAAUGACCUUUAAAUGGCAGCAAAGGCUGGAGCAUCUGGAGCUGACGUCGUCUGCCAUAACGCCCAACAUGCUGUCAAAGAUGGACAUGAAGCCUCCAGGAGUCACAAUAUCCUCACCAAAAACAGCCACAGAUGGGCUAGAUGAUGACCCGUACAGUGUUGCUGAGCAACUGACAGACAUGAUGCAUGACCUUACUGUACUAGCAAAGAUACACCAGCUCCACUCCACUCUACGCAUACAACACGAGGGUUUCUCAGAGGACCACAUCAACAGGGUGCUGAUCAGUCUACAGAACCAGAUUCAAGGCAAGGACUACCAGCUACAGAUGCUUAACUCCAGCGCCAUCAUCAUCAUGGACACACACAGGAAGAAGAAGUAUGUUUUUACGGCUGCCAAUGCUGCAGUGAAGCAGGAAUGGUGUAUAGACUUUCUGAUGGCAAAGCAUGCCCUGGACAUUGUGAAUAUCCCCAGCUGGUACCGUAAGGACAGAGAAGGUUCCAUCUCCAUCCAGCCAGCAUUGCUCAUCAAACACAUGACAAUAGACAUGCAGCGAACUUUUACCAAGAUCAAGUGUGGAGUGCGUGUGUACUUCCCCACACAGAAGGAGGGCUCUGUGGAACAUCUCUGGUUGUGGUCCUCAUCUCCAGACCAGGGCCAGGUCUCGGUGGUUUCCCUGCACACCACCAAGCCAGCACUCAUCGAGUCCUUUCAGGCCACCAAGUGUGAUGUGGUGACUGCAGAGGGAGUCCCUGGCUUUGCGAUAGUCAAGGACCAUCCGACAGCCUUUGCUGAGGACACUGUGUGGACCAGCACUGAGGAGUCAAAAAUCCAAGUGUUCAGCCUGAAGGAGUCAGACCAGCACCGCAAGCCUGUGCACGUGUUUGACGUAGGCUGUGUGGUCAUAGCCAUGAAGUACGUUGACGACCAUGUCUUCUGUGGCAACAGGAGUGGUGUGGUGAUUGUCUACUUCAGAGAUGAUGAUGGUAUUUGGAGUGAGGUGAGCCGAGUGCUGAUGGGAAUGGACCCUGUGAACUCCAUGAUAUGUGUGGGGGACAAGCUGUGGGCUGCAUGUGGAGACAGGAUUGUCACCAUGGACUUUGAUAACUACACUGUCAAUUCCAAGAUUGACCAUCAGCUGUCUGUGAUCGCUAGCCACCGCCCUCUACACUUCAACCAGCUGGUGAAGGCGGGGGUGGGGGUGUGGACCUCCUUCAGGGGCCAGCCCAACAUGGCCUUGUACCACUGUGAGACACACAAACUGCUGGCUGAGUUAAACAUAUGCACGGCCAUCAAUGACUUUAUCUCAGUGUACACUGGUACAAAGACAGAGCGUAGGGACUAUGAGAUCACAUGUCUGAUGGCAAGUCUGGGAGUGUUGUGGGUUGGUACAAACGUGGGGGUCAUCCUCGCAUAUCCAUUGCCACGGUUACGGGACGGCGUUCCCAGAAUUCAUGAGCGACCCCAGGUGGCGCUUCACAGCCACUUCGGUCCGGUCCGGUUCCUAAUUCCCGUACAGUAUGGACCGAUAACUGGGACGCCAAUACGAAGGGGACCUGAGUCUGUGUUAGUGAAAUACAAAGUCCAAGAGGACAUUAUUGCUCAACUACCUAAAGCAAAGGAUCUUGGGAAGUCUGGAAGUAUCAGUAGAACUGAUAAUGAAGACGGGGAAAACGUUUACGAAGAAAUUGGGCCAUUGAGGGCAGAACAAAGGCAACAACAAAGGCAGGCAUUGAAAAGUCAAAGUGUUGUUCAAGAUGACAAUUAUUACGAAAGUUACGAGCCAAAAAGUGCAGAUUCAAAAGACGAAGUUUCUAAAAAUGUUAGUGCUGAAGUGAAUGAAAAAGAAAAAUCUGCCGAACACACAUAUUUUAUUCUUGAAAAACAGUCAGAUCUCAUUGUGUCAGGAAAUGGUGUAAUGCAUGCAGAGACAAGUGUAAGGUCGAAUGUUCCACAAGUUUACCCCUCAGGUUAUGACGUCCCACAAAUUUCUUACCAAUUAAAUAGCGGAGGGAAAACAGACCAGGUUGCUAGUGAUGAUGUUUUUAAACCGACUGACCGGAUGAAUAAUGAUGCAUGGGGCAGCUCCAAAGAAAGUGCCCCAGAAAACUUUAAGUCUGAGCUAGAAAAGAAAGUUUUGGCUCGAAGGCGGUCUUUGGAUGAUCUUAUAGAUAGGGACGCCGAUGAUAAAACUGUUGAAAUGUUGUACCCUACAUUGGUUAGGCCAAAGACUGUUCAUGGCAUGGUUAAUACGGAUUCUUCUGAGAAUGUAAAUGAAGAAAGCCUUUAUAUACGACCCAAUACUUUAUCACCCAUUAGAGCCAAGAAACCAGACAUGUCAUCAUUUAGAUACAAUAAAUCUUCUUCAAAGCACGAGAGCCAAAAAGCAGAAAAAGUGGAGAAAAGUGAAACAAAGCCAAAGAAACGUGUCUCCAUAGCUGCUGCAGAAGAUAUGUCCUCUAAACAGAAGAAACAGAACAACUAUGUUGGCACGAGUUUCUCGAAGGGUUCUCAGAUAGAUACCCUUAGAAAGACCGACACAAACACGAUCAUGGUUCUCAGUGGGGGGGAUGGGUACAAGGACUGGAAGAGACGGCAGGCACUGCCAAACUACAGACCUGAGGAGGCCUGCUUGAUCUUCUGGAUGUACAAGUUCUGAAUUAAUGAGCCACGCUCUGGGAAACUGGAGCUUAAUCCUUUGCAUGCUGGGAAAUUUUUCAUCUGCUAAAAUUUUGUCUGCUGAAUUUCUAAAAUUAGCAUUUUCUUCGAUUUUUUUCAAAGAAUACUAUCAGAACAGCAACCAGUUUGGAUCCUGAUGACGUUCUGUGGCGUCUUAUCUGGAUCCAAACUGGUUGCAAAGGCCUUUAAAAUUCGGUUCCAGCACUGAAAGAGUAAAUGCAUGUGCGUAAAGUGUCGGCCCAGAUUAGCCUGUGCAAUCCACACAGGCUAAUCAGAAACACUUUUGGCUUUUAUGGUAUUUAUAGUUUAAAGGAAGUCUCUUCUUUACACAAAUCCAGUAUAGGACGACACUUAUCGCACAUGCAUUAAACCAUAUUUUCAUGGAGUUAGGCUCGUAUUGUUAGUGACCCUGUUCUGUGAAUGAUUGUUAGAGUAUUUUGCAGUGUUCCUAACUUUAAAAUCUUUGAAAACAAGUUUGUCUGUUUAAAAGUAUUUUUCAUAGAUGUAAUGCAUAAUUGUGUAUUAAGUUUAUUGAAGUAUAUGCAGCCUUUUAUAUUUUCUCUGUGUAUUAAAACAACUGGAUUUUUUGCAUGAAGUUGUUAGGAUUUAGGUACUUUUGAAAAGCUGAUUGUGAUACAAAUGAACUGGUUAUUCUGUGAUCUGUAAAAACAAAAACAAGGGAUGGCAACAAAUAAGAUAAUUGCUAUUGGAGUAUUAGGUCAUUGAAGUAUUUGAAUAUUUAAUUUUCUGGUAUUACAUAUAUAUGUAUAAUCAAUAUCCAAAAGUUUAUUUUAAUUGUUAACCUUGAUGCUUCCAAAAUAUAAUUAUGAAAAUCUAACAACAAAAUACCAGCAUGUACAGUGUAUUAUAUUGCAUUACAAAUUAAACAUACAUGACGAUAGGCACGUCAAUUAUAUUUGAGCAAUAAACAUGGAAACAAUUAUAUACUUUGCAACAUUAAACAUGUAACAAAAUACAAGCAUAGGCUGUAUGCUACAUUUAAAUACUUUUACUAUUGAAAUAGUUGUUGCCAUCCCUACUAAGAGGUGCUCUAUAGUCUUUUUGCUGUGUCUAUAGUCUUGAGGAAUUAAUGAACUACUAUGUGUCUUAUCCAUACUAUUACCAAUAAUUAUUGAAAAUUCUGUGCCUUAAAGCGCUCUGUCCCUGCCUUAAAUUGAUUUUUACUCUGCCAAAAAUCAAUACCAUGCAAGAUCAUUUUGAACUUUGCGUUUUCUUUCCAAUUAAAUUUCAUUUAUAUUAUUGAAAUGAAUAGACGACAACAAGUUAUAUGUUUAAGUAAUCCCUCUCAGGAUAUAUUUCCACCAUUUACUUUUAAGAGUUUUGCAUUUUAAGGUUCAUACUUUCAGGGCUCAACAUUAACAGUUGUCCUAUUGCCCCUGGCAAGUAAAUGUUGGGUCCGGGCAAGUUAUUUUAUAAUCUAGUUGUCCGCCCAGUCAAGUGCAAAAAAGAACAAAGAGCAUUAAAUUUGACUUAAAUUAGACUUUAAUUGCUGUUAUCAUUUUGUUAAAUGUGAAAAAGUAAAACAGUUUUUGUGGUGUAUCAUUUUGAUCUUUAUUAAAAAAUAUGAGGUUUACAGUUAAUGUGAUAUUUCAUGUUUGGGCAAAUGGCUUUACGUUCAGGGUAAGUAGAUUUGCUAAGUACUUGCCCGGCAUGGCAAGUUCGUUUUAAGGUUAAUGUUGAGCCCUGAAUUUAAAUCUAUAUGUUCAGCUUGUUUACAAAAAAAACAUUGUGUUUCCAUUUAGUGUGACCCUUACUUUUUCUAGCUAUUGGUGUUUUGUACAGAGUAAUAAAUACCUUUUUUGCAAAGGACAAGAUGACUCAAGCAAAAAAGGUCUAAGGCGCUAUGUAUCAGCCCAAACAUAUUUGACUUUAAAAUUUAUGGAAAAUAUUCACUGAAAUCCUACAUGGCGCUUUCCUAACCCAAUUGUGUAGCAUUGAUUAGAAAUGGUACUGUUAUAAAACAAUAUAAAUUAUACCUUUAUUGAAAGAAUAAUUAAAACUUUUUUUUAAGCAUUCAAUUAAAAGAACAUGUGAUUGAUUUACUGAUUGGUUGAUUGAUUGUAUUACUGAGAAAUAACUACAUCAGUAAAAUUAGAAAAUCACUUAUUUUAACUUGAGCAAGGGCUCAUAAAAAAAAAUCAAAAUUUUCAAACUUAAGGGAGAAAAAUAUUCUUUAGUAAUAUCCCAAUAGCAAACAAAUAUUCUUGUUGUACUUAAUAGAAGUAACUUUAUUAUUUUGUAAUUUUGUUAUUACUGAAAUCAGAUACAUGUAGGCAUAAUUGUUAAUUAAUUGUUUGUUAAGAUUAUCCAAAGCAUCUAUUUUAAUGUAAAUAUUUAUUGUAGGAAAACAUUAAAAAUAAAUGAAAAUUUAAAUGCAUACAGUUGUUUAUAUUUUGUAACAGACAAUAAGUUAACAUUUUAAGUAAGACAUAUUUAAAUUAAAUAUGUAUAUUUCGGCUGAACACACAUUGGGAAAUUAAUGUCGAAAUACUAAUCAGACCUUUUGUUAAUAGACUUGUCAGAAAAUGUUUGCAUGAUUUAAGCAGGUGUGUUCGCUUUAAGCUUGCUUAAUUACCUGUACUAUACAUUUUGAUUGAAUUUAACAGUAUAUUGUUCAAAGUCCUUAAAAACUUCAAUUACCUGUCUGUUAAUUUAAUUGGUUGUUUUAGAUAUGCCAAAAAUUACAAUGACUUGUGUGUUUUAGUGUUUUUUUUUGGUUCAAUAAGCAUGUGCAAUUAAAGGUUGGUAGUUUUAUUGCAAUCAUCAUAUUUACUAUAAUAUACAACAUGGAUAAUUCAUUAAAACAAUUUAUUUAGAUCUCUGGUUAAUUAUUAAUGUUUUAUAUUCUACUUUUAACAAUAUAGUUAUGUUUUGUACUUUUUGGUAAAUGUUUAAACAUACAUUUAAAGCCCCAUAAACACUCAAAAUCAACAAAUGUUUCGUAUGAUAAAGUUAACCCAUACAAAAUCAGUGUCCCUUAAAGUAAUAGCAAAAAUUUCUGCGCUAGAUGUGGUAUGGUUACAUAGAUUUAACGAGAUACAAAAUGCUUGUUUAUAUAUUUUUUGUUACAAUAUAUUCUAUGUGAAUUCCCCCGGAUAUCCAAACAUUUAUGAGUGAGCACGAGAUUGGCUUCGGGCAGCGUCGGAGAACUUAAACGUCCUGCUUCCAAUGCUGCCUGAAGCCAAUCUUGUGGUCGUUUGUAAAUGUUCAGAUAUCCUGGCUGAAAAUUGAAAGGAAUAUAUUGUCACACAAAAAAUAAAAACAUGAUUUUGAGUGUUUAUGGGGCUUUAAUGACUUAAUUUUAUCAAAAUUAAACUGCAUGUUUUGUGUUUGCAAGUUUUCUCAAAUUAAAAUGGUUGUUCAUUUUAAGAAGUGUGUCCGAAAGUAACGCAUUGAAAACUGUGAAAAAGUACUUUUUAACUGCCCAAUUACUAGGAAUAGAAGCGCUGGAUCAUAUUUAUUUUCUAUGCACUAUGGCUGUGGUUAGAUAGUACAUAUUGAUAAAUAUCCAACAAGCUCUUAGUAACUUAGUAAUUUUAAAUCUCACUAUUUUGCAGAAAUCAUCCAUUGUAUGGUGUAUUACCCUUUAUCACUUAGAUACAUAUUUUGAAGCAUGUGUACACCCUUAGCAAGUUAAAUUUUAAUAAAGACAUAUCUUAGUAGAUUCAAGUUUUAAAGGUUUCAUUUCCAAUUUUUAGAUGCUGAUGAGCAGCAAACAGCAAACCUGAACAGACUGUGAGUUACUAAUAAGCUGUUCUGGUUUUAUGCUGUUUGCACAUAGCCGUUUUCACUUUGCUUCUAAGUGGGAAAGUAUUAACCUUAUGGGAAACCCCUCCAGCAAUAUACAUGUACCUAUAUGUAUAUAAUAUACAUUUUAUUACAGUAUUUUGGUUGCUUGUACUUUAAAUACAAUAUGGUUCCAUUUAUUGGCAAAUCACUCAUUUUCGAAAGCUAUUAGUCCUAGCAUAUAAUAUUCUUAAAAGUACUAGUAAUUGAUAACUUUUCUGUAUUUGUGGAUCAGUUUUUCUUAUUAUAUACAACAUGGUUAAAGAAAUUAAUAUGAACAAGUUCAAUGAUUAAUGAUUCAAAUAAAAUGUUGACUAUUUAUUGUUUUUUUCAAUGUUUACGUAAAUGUACACAAUAUGGUUAUUGGGCAAUGGUUUUGCAGUCCUUGUCACUCUUAUUGGCUUAGCCCUUUACCACUAAGAUACAUAUAUUUACGCAUUUGUUGUCCCUAAGAAAUUUAGAUAUAAUAAAAGACCUUUCUUUCUUUAUUCAAGUUUUAAAAGCUUUAUUUCAAACCCUUAGAUACUGAUGAGCUGCAAACAGCAUUAAACCUGAACAGAUUGUGAGCUACUCGCAGGCUGUUCUGGAUUUAUGCUGUUUGCACAUAGCCAUUUUCACUUUGCUUCUGAGAGGGAAAGGGUUAUGAUUUAGGAAAUAGAAUGGGUUUGUUGUUAGUGGCAGCGUCAGUGGCACAUUGUUAGAAAUGUUCUAUGGGAAAUGUUAUUUCACAUUCAAUCACUGAUGAUUUUUCAAAUCAAUUAAUAUUUUAUGAUAUAUUUGAAGAUAAAUGAAUUGUGUGAUUUUAAUCAUUAUAUUUUUGUUACAUGCUUUCUGUUUCAAGUAUGUCAAUAUUUACCUAAAUUAGAUAUAUAUUUGUCUUGGAAGUUUGCCCCAAAAGGUUUCUAAAAGAUCUUUAUUUUAUAGAACCUAUUUAUUGUAUACAAUGUAUUUGUUAUAUAUUGCACCAUGCUGCUGUUUUAGACAUAUUUGAACAAAAAUGGUUGGAUUUUAUAUUUUGUUGAUUGCUGUUGUUUAACGAUGAAUAAAUGAAACACAUAAUGUA